GAAAUCGGCCAUUUUGACAGAACAGAUAAAGUAGUGAGCGUCUGUUUAAAAUAGAUUACUAAUUUAUCCGUAAUAAUGAAAACAUACAGCAGGAAAAAAUUGGAGGACAAUUCGGGAGAAGAUAUUAUAGAUUUAAACGAAUUAUGUCGUUUGUGUAUGACCAAGGAGGAUGAGCUUAUUUCGAUUUUCACGAAUGAGGAGGCUGUCCCACUCACCCUUCGAAUUAUGGCCUGUGUUGCACUCGAGGUUUUCGAGGGCGACGGGCUGCCGGACAAAAUAUGCCACCCGUGCAAAUACCAGCUGGAAAAGUCGUACAACUUCCGCAAAAAAUGCGAGAACUCCGACAUGAAACUGCGCCAGCACGUGCUCGAACUGCAAGAGUACAACGAACCGGACCAAGACGAGGACCCGUGCGAAGAGCAGGAAGAAAUCACGGAGAUCCACGAGGAGCAAGAGCCGAUGCAGUCGACCAGCGCCGAGCAGGACCUCGUGCAGAGCACCAUAGUAAAGUAUAUUCAAGCCGAUAACGACGACAACGAGCAGGAAGCGGAAAACAUCACCCUGUCGUCGGAGACGGACAAGGAGGCUUGCACGCUGAAGAGCGCGCAGAUGAAGACGGAACUCGUCGAGACGGAAGAGGGGGAGAACAUCUACAUCAUGGAGAGCACCGACUCCUUGGACGACCCCAACAUGGACGCCAUCGCCGACGCCGUGAAAGCCACCCUCGCCAAUCAACCAGGCAUCAACCUGAACGGGCCGCUGCAGCUGAAGGUGAACCAGACGGCGGGUAAGUCGACGCAGGUCGAGGUUACGACGGAAGACGGCUCGGUGAUCGUGAUGGAGCUGAUGACGGAGGAGGACGCGGACGCGCCGCCGCUCGAGCCGCCGCCCAUGCCGGAGGACCAGCAGGACCAGCCGCAGUUCAACGACGACGGCGAGAUCAAGAUUUUCAAGUGCCCGGACUGCCCAAAGUCGUUCGCGAGGAGGAUACAGCUCAGACGCCAUGCCUCGGUUCACAUGCAACAAAGAGGCUUCAGUUGCGGCAUAUGCGAAAAGUGGUUCCCGACCAGGUCGGCCUUGGUGCGCCACGAGCGCAUCCACACCGGCGAACGGCCGUUCCAAUGCGAGGUGUGCCAGAAGAGCUUCGCGCAAAAGGAGAUCCUCUUCAGGCACCUGAUGACGCACACCGGCCAGAAGCCGUACAGUUGCCCGCACUGCCCGCGGGGAUUCACGCAGAAGGAGCCGCUGAAAGUGCACCUGCGCACCCACAUGAACAACCCCUCCGAUAUCCAGCUGCACUACUGUUCGCUGUGUCCCAAGGUGUUUUGUCAUGCUUCCGGGUUGAGCAGGCACCUGGUUACGCACACCGGGAAAACGUUUAAAUGCGGGGAUUGUGAUAAAACGUUCACCGAUAAAUCUUCAUUGAGAAGGCAUCAUGUGCAGUCUUUACAUCAUGCGUAAUUUUUUUAUAUUAAGCGAUUUAUUUAUAUGAUUUUUUGUCGUAGAUUUAUGUUUAGUUCAUAAUUAUAUACCCACAUGUAUAUACUUGGUCUUUAUUAAUAAUAAAUAAU